CCUAAUGUGCAACAGGUUCAUGACUCGGAAUUGGGUAAAGCACACGAGUCGAAAAUACGAUGGCUGCACCACUGCUGAGGGGCCUGCCACUCCUCCGUCACCGCCUCCACCUCCACCGCCGCCGCCUAACACUUGGCUCGCUCUCUCUCCGCCCGUGGUUCACUUCUGUGGAAUCCAUCCCUCCUGACGACAAAACUGGUCCUUCCACGACCACCCAGACCACUACCAUUCCAGGACUGAGCGCCAGAGACUCAGUAGCAAACCCCAGAAGAUCUUGGGACGACCCAGAUUACCGAAAAUGGAAAGACAAGGAAGCUGAAAUACUCGAAGAUAUCGAGCCCGUAAUUUCUUUAGCCAAAGAAAUCAUCCAUUCUAACAGGUACAUGGAUGGUGAACGGCUAACUGCAGAAGAUGAGAAAACUGUGAUCGAGAGACUUCUUGCUUAUCACCCUCAUUCUGAAGAUAAAAUUGGAUGUGGACUUGAUUCAAUCAUGGUGGAUCGGCAUCCCCAAUUUAGACACUCAAGGUGCCUCUUUGUCGUGAGAACUGAUGGUGGAUGGAUUGACUUCUCCUACCAGAAGUGUCUUCGGGCUUAUAUUCGAGAUAAGUACCCUUCUCACGCUGAAAGAUUUAUAAAAGGACAUUUUAAGCGUAGCAGCAGUUAGGUGAUAAUGCAGUAUAUGUUGGAGUUUAGCCAAGUAUGCGUGAGAUAUUUUGGUGCAAGGAUGGUUUUGCUCCUGCCGGAGACUUCAUGGGCACAAAUGCAAUACUCAAAUUUCCUGUCUUUCCAUUUGUCAAUGUGGUAGUUGCUAAUUUGCUGACCGGCAUCUUAUGUUUGUUUUAUUUGGCGGGACAAGAGAAAAUGAUUUGUAAGUUAAUACUAGUUUUGCUGAGUUGGGUUAGUCUCGUGGGCUUUGCUACUUGUGCUGACUGCCUUGGAUAUGCAUCUUCUUUAUUUUUUCUUUCUGACAUUCGACUUAAUGAUCCUCCACGGAAAUUUUUAUA